GCACCCCGACUGACAACGCAAAGAGCGAAUUUAAGUAGCUAGUGGAAGAGAGAAGGAAAAAGAAAAAAAUAGUGAGAGAGAGCAAGAGAGGAAGAAGAAAACACUAUAGUUUGAUCCGAUUUCUUUGCGAGGCUGCUGUCGACUGAAAAGGAGUUUGUUUCGCGGCGACUCGGAGACAGACUCAGCCACCGGUUGUAGCUAGCCAACCCCAAAAGCCUCUGCAUCUCAACAGCAGCAACCAUGGCAACGGACGCAGACAAGUUCCUGUACGUGGACCGCAACAUGGUCAACAACCCUCUGGCCCAGGCAGACUGGGCCACCAAGAAGCUGGUGUGGGUGCCGUCGGAGCGGCUGGGCUUCGAGGCGGGAUCUGUGAAGGAGGAGCGAGGUGAAGAGUGCCUGGUGGAGCUGGCAGACUCUGGCAAGAAGGUGAAAGUCAACAAGGAUGACAUCCAGAAGAUGAACCCGCCCAAGUUCAGCAAGGUGGAAGACAUGGCUGAGCUCACCUGCCUGAACGAGGCCUCUGUGCUGCACAACCUCAAGGAGAGAUAUUACUCUGGCCUCAUCUACACAUACUCCGGGCUCUUCUGUGUGGUUAUAAACCCCUAUAAGAAUCUGCCCAUCUACUCAGAAGAGAUUGUGGAUAUGUACAAGGGCAAGAAGAGGCAUGAAAUGCCCCCCCAUAUAUAUGCCAUCACUGACACGGCCUACAGGAGCAUGAUGCAGGACCGUGAAGACCAGUCCAUUCUUUGCACAGGAGAGUCUGGUGCUGGGAAGACGGAGAACACCAAGAAGGUCAUUCAGUAUCUGGCCCAUGUGGCCUCUUCCCACAAGACCAAGAAAGACCAGACCAGCUCGUUCCUGUCACAUGGUGAGCUGGAGAAGCAGCUGCUGCAAGCUAACCCCAUCCUGGAGGCCUUUGGAAACGGCAAGACUGUCAAGAACGACAACUCCUCCCGAUUCGGAAAAUUCAUCAGGAUUAACUUCGACGUCAACGGAUACAUCGUGGGGGCCAACAUUGAAACCUACCUGCUGGAAAAGUCCCGUGCCAUCCGCCAGGCCAAAGACGAGAGGACCUUCCAUGUCUUCUAUUACAUGCUCACUGGUGCUGGAGACAAACUGCGCUCCGAGCUGUGUCUGGAGGGCUACAACAGCUACCGCUUCCUGGUCAAUGGAAACGUGACCAUCCCUGGCCAGCAGGACAAGGACCUGUUCACCGAGACCRUGGAGGCCUUUAGGAUCAUGGGCAUUCCAGAGGACGAGCAGAUUGGUCUGCUGAAGGUGGUGUCUUCCGUGCUCCAGCUGGGCAACAUGAGCUUUAAGAAGGAGCGCCAUUCAGACCAGGCCUCCAUGCCUGACGACACGGCUGCUCAGAAGGUGUGCCACCUGAUGGGCAUGAGCGUGACAGACUUCACCCGUGCCAUCCUGUCCCCCCGUAUCAAGGUGGGCAGGGACUACGUGCAGAAGGCCCAGACCCAGGAACAGGCUGAGUUUGCAGUGGAGGCCCUGGCCAAGGCCACCUAUGAGAGGAUGUUCCGCUGGCUGGUGAUGAGGAUAAACAAGGCCCUGGACAAGACCAAGAGACAGGGAGCCUCCUUCAUCGGCAUCCUGGACAUUGCUGGCUUUGAGAUCUUUGAGCUGAACUCAUUUGAGCAGCUGUGCAUCAACUACACCAAUGAGAAGCUGCAGCAGCUGUUCAACCACACCAUGUUCAUCCUGGAGCAGGAGGAGUACCAGAGGGAGGGCAUCGAGUGGAGCUUCAUCGACUUCGGCCUGGACCUGCAGCCCUGCAUCGACCUCAUCGAGAAGCCUGCUAGCCCCCCUGGUAUCCUGGCCCUUUUGGAUGAGGAGUGCUGGUUCCCCAAAGCCACUGACAAGAGCUUUGUGGAGAAGGUCCUGCAGGAGCAGGGCACCCACUCCAAGUUCCACAAGCCCAAGAAACUGAAAGAUGAGGCUGACUUCUGCAUCAUUCACUACGCCGGCAAGGUGGACUACAAGGCUGACGAGUGGCUGAUGAAGAACAUGGACCCUCUGAACGACAACGUGGCCACGCUGCUCAACCAGUCCACUGACAAGUUUGUGUCUGAACUGUGGAAGGACGUGGAUCGUAUCGUGGGCCUGGAUAAGGUUGCAGGGAUGUCUGAGAUGCCUGGUGCCUUUAAGACCCGUAAGGGCAUGUUCCGCACGGUGGGCCAGCUUUACAAGGAGCAGCUGUCCAAGCUCAUGGCCACUCUGAGGAACACCAACCCAACUUCGUCGCUGCAGUGCCAUCCCCAAGACCACGAGAAGAGGCUGGUGGAAGCCCUGCUUGACAGUUUGAGUGCCGAGAAGCAGGCCCUGCAGGAGCAGCUGCAGCGCGCGAGACGGAGUUGUGUGCCGAGGCUGAGGAGAAUGGAGAUCCGCGUCUGGCCACUGAAGACAGGCGCUGAGGACCUGGAGCCAGCAGAGUUCGCGCAUGAGGAGGAGAGCUGCCAGGAGAAACAGCUCAAUGGAGGAGACCAGUACUCUUGCGAUAUCACCUCUAACCUGACUGAGGAGGAGGAGAAGUCCAAGAGCCUUCAGAAACUCAAGAACAAACACGAGGCCAUGAUCACUGACCUAGAGGACCGCCUGCGCAGGGAGGAGAAGGGCCGUCAGGAGCUGGAGAAGAACCGGCGUAAGCUGGAGGGAGACUCUACUGAUCUCCUUGACCAGAUAGCUGAGCUGCAGGCCCAGAUCGCUGAGCUCCGCGCCCAGCUGGCCAAGAAGGAGGAGGAGCUGCAGGCAGCCCUGGCCAGGAUUGAGGAGGAGGCAGCCCAGAAGAACUUGGCCCAAAAGAAGAUCCGGGAGAUGGAAGCCCAGCUGUCUGAGCUGCAGGAGGACCUGGAGCUAGAGAGGGCUGCACGCACCAAYGCUGAGAAGAACCGCAGGGACCUGGGAGAGGAGCUGGAGGCCCUCAAGACUGAGCUGGAGGACACACUGGACUCCACCGCUGCCCAGCAAGAGCUCAGGACAAAGCGUGAGACUGAGGUGAACCAGCUGAAGAAGGUUCUAGAGGAUGAAGCCAAGGUCCACGAGCAGCAGGUGCUGGAGAUGAGACUGAAACAAAGCCAGGCCUUCGACGAGCUCAACGAGCAACUGGAGCAGGCCAAGAGAAACAAGGUGUCGGUGGACAAGACUAAGCAGGCCCUGGAGAGUGAGCGUAACGAGCUGGCCAUUGAGCUGCAGACCCUGAUGCAGGGGAAAGGAGACUCUGAGCACCGCAGGAAGAAGGCUGAGGGCCAGGUCCAAGAGCUACAGGUCAAACACGGAGAGAGCGAGCGCCAGAGGAUUGAGCUGGCAGAYAGAGUGGCCAAGAUGCAGGCUGAGUUGGAGACUGUCAAUGGCUUGCUCAGUGAGGUGGAGGGUAAGUCCAUCAAAGCGUCCAAGGACUGCUCUACUGUGGGGUCUCAGCUGCAGGAUGUGCAGGAGCUGCUCCAGGAGGAGACUCGUCAGAAGCUGUCCAUGGGCACUCGUCUGCGUCAGCUGGAGGAUGAACAGAACACUCUGAGAGAACAGCUGGAGGAGGAGGAGGAGGGCAAGAGGAAUGUGGAGAAGCAGCUGCUCACCGUGCAGGCUCAGUUGGCAGAGAUUAAGAAGAAGUCUGAGCAGGAGGCGGGCUGUCUGGAGAGCGCAGAGGAGGGGAAGAAGAGGCUGCAGAGGGACCUGGAGGGMCUCGGCCAGCGGAUGGAGGAGAAGUGCAGUGCCUUUGAGAAACUGGACAAGACCAAGACUCGUCUGCAGCAGGAGCUGGAUGACAUGGUGGUGGACCAGGACCACCUCAGACAGAUCGUAACCAACCUGGAGAAGAAGCAGAAGAAGUUCGACCAGAUGCUGGCUGAGGAGAAGACCAUCUCAUGCCGCUAUGCUGAGGAGAGGGACAAGGCUGAGGCUGAGGCCAGGGAAAAGGAGACCCGGGCCCUGGCUCUGACCCGCGAGCUGGAAUCCCUCAUUGACAUGAAGGAUGAGAUGGACCGCGCCAACAAGCUGCUCCGUGCUGAGAUGGAGGACCUGGUCUCCUCCAAGGACGACGUUGGCAAGAGUGUACACGAGCUGGAGAAGUCCAAGCGUGGCAUGGAGCAGCAGCUGGAGGAGAUGAGYACUCAGCUGGAGGAGCUGGAGGACGAGCUGCAGGCCACGGAGGACGCCAAGCUGCGUCUGGAGGUCAACAUGCAGGCCAUGAAGGCCCAAUACGAGAGAGACCUGGCAGGACGAGAUGAGAUGGGCGAGGAGAAGAAGAGACAGCUGGUCAAACAGGUGCGGGAGAUGGAGUUGGAGUUGGAGGAUGAGAGGAAGCAGCGCUCUGUUGCCGUGGCAGCCCGUAAGAAGCUGGAGCUGGACCUGAAGGAGCUGGAGGCAGCCAUCGACAUGGCCAACAAGAACCGUGAUGAGGCCCUCAAACAGCUUAAGAAGCUCCAGGCCCAGAUGAAGGAGCUGCUGAGGGAGCUGGAGGACACUCGUAUGUCCAGAGACGAGAUCAUGGCCCAGGCCAAGGAGAACGAGAAGAAGCUCAAGAGCAUGGAGGCCGACAUGAUCCAGAUGACAGAGGAGCUGGCUUCUGCAGAGCGUGUAAAGAGACAGGCCCAGCAAGAGAGAGACGAGCUGCAGGAUGAGAUCAACAACCAGGCCGCCAAGAAUGCUCUGAUUGCGGAGGAGAAAAGGAGACUGGAGGCUCGUAUCGCACAGCUGGAGGAGGAGCUGGAGGAGGAGCAGUGUAACACUGAGCUGGUCAACGAUAGGCUGAAGAGAGCUCUGCUGCAGACUGACCAGAUGACUGUGGAGCUGACGGCAGAGCGCAGUACRUCCCAGCGCCUGGAGGGGGCCCGCUCCCAGSWGGAGCGCCAGAACAAGGAGCUGAAGCUGAAGCUGCAGGAGCUGGAGGGAACKGUCAAGUCCAAGUACAAGGCCACUAUUGCCGCCCUGGAGGCCAAGAUCGCCCAGCUGGAGGAGCAGGUGGACAUCGAGACCAGGGAGAGGCAGCAGGCGUCCAAGCUGGUGCGCCGCACAGAGAAGAAGCUAAAGGAGGUCGUCCUCGCGGUGGACGACGAGAGACGCAACACAGAGCAGUACAAAGACCAGUCGGACAAGCUGAACUCUCGUAUGAAGCAGCUGAAGAGGCAGCUUGAGGAGUCUGAGGAGGAGGCCCAAAGAGCCAACGCCAACCGAAGGAAACUGCAAAGGGAGCUGGAGGACGCCACCGAGUCAGCUGAUGCCAUGAACCGCGAAGUCAGCACCCUCAAGAGCAAGCUCAGGCGUGGGGACCUCCCCUUCACCAUGCGCCGCAUUGUCAGCCGCGCAGGCAUUGAGAGCGAUGAGGAGAGCGAGCCCAAGAGCGAGACCCCUGAGCCCAAGCCUGAAUGAACAGCCAGUGUUCCCUGCUGUCCAUAGGAUUGAASUGCAACAGUCAUGGAACACACACAAACUCACACAUACCACUUAAAGUAACGCAUGCACUUAGAGGGACACAAACAUCAUGAUACUGUAUGAUUUAGAGGCAGUAAAUAUACUUCACAGCCAAACCUCAGUCUCUCUUUUUAAUGGGAGACUUGACAAUCUAUGUACACUUAUAUUCCAUACAAGCCAAUACAACAGUACUUCAGACAAUCACCACACUGACAUAACUCAUACAAACUUGUGGGCCAAAUUUAUUUUCUCCUGCUUCAUUCUCUGGGGAAAAAAUUAAUGAUAUUUUUGUAAGGAAACAUUCCAUUAGAAAUAGUCUUUUUUUGGGAUCUUUUUCUAACUGAAGCAAGAACYAACGAAAUGAAGAAGGAUUACUCGAAGGGGACCAAAGUAAUAUCGCAAUCUAUAGAUUUGUAUUUUAUGCUAAAGUUUUUAUAAUGGUUAAGUAUGAAAGUACUACACGUCUAUUAUGGCUCUCGCUCGCUCUCACCUCAGUUUAUAAUGGAGGUUUAUGUGCUCAAUUGUACCGUAUUAAUUUGGCUGCGGAUAGUACUUAAAACAUGAAUAUGCUUUUGGGCUUAAGAAAAUUAUAUCUAUAGACGCACACACAGAAUUAGAGAAACGCAUUCAUGUACAAACAUUUGAUUUGUGCUGACAAACAUUGUCUUAUUUUUGCACUGAGAUGUAUGACUCUGGAUUAGAAAUGAUAGACCACUGCAUUGGUGCAUUAAAUUGAAGACAUUGAUAGACGGCAGAUGCACUUCAAACAAGAAAAGACUAAUUCAGAGUAACUGCAACUGUAUUCAUGCCAACACACACUAAAGCCUUACAGUCAAAUUCUACUGUUCAAGGUUGUUAUUUCCUGGAUCCACGUAUUUCUUUACUACUAUCAAUGUUUUUAUUGAUGCGCAGGGCGACGGUUACGGGGUGGUGGGGUACUUUAUUACUCACGACACGCUGUAUUCUCAGAGCACUGCUUGGCGGGGUAUAGGGGUGGUUGAACAGAAUAAAGCAUGUUGGGAUGAGUGGGACGUUGUUAAAUUUUGCAGCGCCGUAGUCUAACACAUCAKAUGAUAUCCUGAUGGCAUAUUUACUUUCUCUGACAGAAAGAUUGGUAAAAUGACUCCCUGUUGAAAUGCCUGGCCAGGUGUUAAUCCCAUGUAUUUAAGGGAUGGGGUGAGGUAGAUGAGUGAAGGUGCUUUAGGUCUGGGUGAACUGACCCCUGCAGGCUGUGCUCAGGGUUGCCUUUUUUUCUCACACUGCUGGGAAGUGAGAGGAAUUUGUUAUUAUUAAUGAUGGAUAACAGACAAAGGAUCACUCUCUCUUUCUCUCGCACUUGGAAGCAAAAAAUAAAAGAGAAAAAAAUAAAUCUCAACUUUGUACCGUUCAUUUUCUCUGCAGCUCUGAAAAAUGAAAUCUUGAGUUGUGAAUUGUUGGUAUUAUUGCAAUAAAGAUGGCUUUCUAAACUGCAA